AACAUGUGCCAUUCUGGACCACCGGAUGACCUUUCUGGGCAGAUCGUUACUACUUCGACAAAAUUGGGCCCCGUCCUCGUCCCAAGAGUCCGAUCCCCUCGUUGGGUACCAAGAUGGACAACACCGGUCCAUCUAUGCACUGAUCAAAACCAUUAUUCAGCGAGCUCCCCCACUAGGGUGCGAUGCUAUCCGCAGUGCGGGUCUUCCUACGACCAUCAUAGACGGCCAGCUUCCUGUGACGACCUGGGAAGCGCUCUGACUCGGAUGCACUCGCCGAUGUAUUCCCAAGAAAGAUACUGGCAGGUGAGUGCGCGAGGGCGUACAGCGAUGUUCACCUAGAUCCACUGAGCUUCACUUCGAUUCUCAGGCUGUAUGCGCACGUCAUACAGUUGGGGGCGGAUCAGGUGCGGAUGGUCGUCCACUGAUCUCGGACACGAGCAGUGAACGUGAAGGUAUACGUACUUGAACGCGGUGAUAGGAGAUCAGACAGCUUCGUGUACGCAAUAGGACGGGGUUCGCCUCGCGGGUAGGCAAUGAGGCAUCGGGUAAUGCUGCAUGGCCUUUUCACCGCUUACUAUCGGAAGCUCGUAAACGUAAGGGCUUCGACGCCUCCCGCGACCUUGCGUCGACACUUCGCCUUGGUCGUUCGAGUUUCA